UUAUCAGUGAAGCGGAAAGAUGACUUUUCUUCCAUCCUGGAAGCCUAACUUCAGCAUGUAUUCCGCUGGAUUUAAAAACACACCCUCUGCUCGACUACAGAACGCUUACUGAGCAUUACUUCAGGUUCCCUACACGAAGCUUCCAAGAAUAUUUUCUUCCCGAAAUUGCUAUCUAGCCUUUCCGUGUGCAUAUAUAUAUAUACACACAUAUACCAAUAUAUUUAUGCAGAGAGAGACCGAUGCAGACUCCGCAUCAACCAGGAAGCGCCUGUGUACUGCCAGCCGAUUGUGCUCAGGACUGACUGAAGAUACUUCCCCGUGGACAUCCUUUCCGUUACGAGCGCAAACUCUUCACUGAGACCUGGCAUUAAAUGCCUUUCACAUGAGUUUGUCCUCCGGGAGACCCUCACUGCAACUGCAAGGAGCGCUGGCGGACGCUUCAUCUCGCCGGUGAUGCACCAUCCGUGGCUUCUGCGAGGGACGCGGCUGCCGGAGGCUGCCUUGGGCGUUACCUGCCGCGCCGUGCGCUGCCGGGCGGUGUUGCGUAGCAACCCAUCGCGUUCCCGGCGGUACGGGCCUCGCCGCAGCCUCUUAGCGCCGUGGUGGGCUCUACGGCAUUGGAGUGCGUGGAGAGGUGCCCAGCACCCAUUGGGACGGAGGUAGUAGAUGUGAAUGGAGUCUCAGUAUCUGAAGAGAUGCCUGGGAAGUUGCCUGAAAAAGGGACUGGCAGAGGUUGUAGAGCAUCGGCCAGCAGAUCCAAUAGAAUAUUUGGCACACUGGAUUUACAAUUACAGAAGAAACUUAGAUGAAGAAAAAAAGAGAAUGUUGGAGAGGGCUGAACUGGAACAGGAACGGGAGGCAGCCCUGCUGGAACUUGAGAAGUUAAGAAAAAAUAAAGAAGCCUUAUUGAUCUAUCAGAAACUUGAAGAACAACAUCAGGGUCAGUUGGAACAAGAACAUGAGGAGUUGGAACUGCAAAAUGAAGAUGAUGAAAGGCUGCUGCAGCAGAAAGAUCAAGAGGAAAAUGAAAAGGUAGUAGCUGAACUUACAGAGAGACCUGUAACACCUAAACUAACCACAGUUGAGGAGCUAGAUGAGAAUGGAGAGUAUGAGACUAUAACAGCUCCCAUGGUAGAAGCAGAACAGGAAAGUUCCCAACUCAUCUGAAAGCAGUAAAUAUAUUUUCUACUCAUUACUUGCUCAUCCAGAAAUUUCACAUCCUAAUUUGUGUUUUAUGUAUACCACUGAUUUACAUACCAAUUGUUUCGGUUUCUGUGCUUUGUGGGUUGUUGUAUAAAGUCUUAAUUCUGGUA